GUGACUUGAUUCCUUAUAAAAACCCUAAAAACCGCAUUAUAAACUUUUAACUACAGGAGCCUAUUAUUAUUAUUUACACUAUCAGAGUUUCAACUCUUCCCGCCGGAACAAACUCUCAUCAACAAACUCAUCUCCUCUUCAUUGGUUUCAUUCAGGCCUCGUUGUUUCUCAAAUGGGUCUCUCUCGGUUCCUCAGUUUUCUACCAAAACCAUCCAAAAGACUACACUCUAAUCCCUUGCUUCUUUUCCUUAUCAUUCCAGCAACUCAAACUGUUCUCACUAGAUCACUCACUAGUGAUUCUUUCAGCACACUCAAAGACCAAACUUUCCUCCAAAAUUCAAAACCUCAAAUUGAAACUCAACGUGGGUCUUUGCCAAAAUACUUUCUUGGCAUUCACAGACCGUUCCAUGAUGGUGCAGGCCAAGUGUUUGAUGAAAUGAAUGACAAGGACCCCGAUGUUAUUUUAAGCAAUAGAGUCCAUGAAGACGCUGAAAAAGUUUGUAAAUUACUAACAAAAGGCUCUAAUUCUUCUAUAGAGGCCGUUCUCGAUGGUGCCAAGGUUGAAGUAUCGCCGGAGCUGGUUGUGGAGGUCUUGAAGAAGCUGAGCAAUGCAGGUAGUCUUGCAUUAUCUUUCUUUCAGUGGGCUGAGAAGAAACAGGGGUUUAAAUAUAGUAAUGAGAGUUAUAAUGCUUUGAUUGAGGCUCUGGGUAAGAUCAAACAGUUCAAGGUGGUAUGGAAUUUAGUUAGUGAUAUGAAGCGUAAAGGGCUGUUGAGUAAAGAGACAUUUGCGUUGAUUUCACGGAGAUAUGCUAGAUCGAGGAAGGUUAAAGAAGCUGUAGAUGCUUUUGAGAAGAUAGAGAAGUUUGGAAUGAAGUUGGAAGUGUCAGAUUAUAAUAGAUUGAUUGAUACUUUGAGCAAAUCAAGAAAUGUUGAGAAAGCACAAGAGGUGUUUGAUACAAUGAAGAACAGAAGGUUUGUACCGGAUAUUAAGUCAUACACAAUUCUGUUGGAGGGUUGGGGUCAAGAACAAAAGUUAUUGAGGUUGAAUGAGGUUUAUAGGGAGAUGAGAGAUGAAGGGUUUGAACCUGAUGUUGUGACAUAUGGUAUAAUUAUCAAUGCGCAUUGUAAGGCAAGGAAAUAUGAUGAAGCACUUGAGUUGUUCCGUGAAAUGGAAUCAAAAAAUUGCAAGCCAAGUCCGCAUAUAUUUUGUACUUUGAUUAAUGGAUUGGGUUCUGAGAGGAGGUUGAGCGAAGCAAUUGAGUUUUUUGAACAAUCCAAGGCUUAUGGUUUUGUACCGGAGGCACCCACUUACAAUGCUCUUGUGGGGGCUUACUGUUGGUCAAUGCGGAUGUAUGAUGUGCAUAGGGUGGUUGAUGAGAUGAGAAAAUGUGGUGUUGGUCCAAAUUCUCGAACCUAUGACAUAAUCUUACAUCACUUGAUAAAGGCUCGGAGAACCCAAGAAGCUUACUCCGUUUUUCAGAGAAUGAGUAAUGACCCAGGCUGUGAGCCAACUGUGAGUACGUAUGAGAUCAUUGUGAGGAUGUUUUGUAAUGUGGAGCGAGUUGAUAUGGCAAUAAGGGUUUGGGAUCAGAUGAAGACCCAAGGAGUCCUUCCUGGAAUGCACAUGUUCUCUACAUUGAUCAACAGCUUGAGCCAUGAGAACAAGUUAGAUGAUGCUUGCAAAUACUUUCAGGAGAUGUUAGAUAAGGGCAUUCGGCCUCCAGCCCAUAUGUUUAGUAAACUAAAACAAGCUCUUCUUGAUGAGGGGAGGGAGGAUACCGCUCUAAUUUUGGCUCAGAAGAUUGAUAAACUACGAAAAGCUCCACUGGUUCGUUAAGAUGAAUGAAGGAUUCCAAGAGCUAUUGAUUAUUUGUUUCAUGAUGAAAUGGAGUUCGGCAGAGAACCCAGCUGCAGAACUUAUCAGCCCCGUUCUCAGGAUAUAAAUCUGCUAUUUGAUAACAAUCUUCAUCUCCAUAAUCUAAAUCUGCUAUUUACUGAUCAAUAUUCCUCUCCAUGUGUAUUACUAUGACCCUAAAUUUUGAAGGUUGUAUAAUUUCUAUUUGUUUCACUGGUAUAGAAUGUUAAAUGCAACCAAUAUCUCUUUGUUGUGUCC